AUGGCGCCUCCUAUCAACUUCGACGCCCCCUUGGCCGUCAUUCACAUUGAAACGGUCACCGCCGUCGUCUACGUCGACGGCAUCAACCUGCUUACGGAUCCCUUUUUCUCCCCGGCCGGCACUGAGUUCGACGUCGGCACCACGACGCUCAAAAUCGCCGAGGGCCCUGCCUUUGGACCUGGUGACAUUCCCCCCAUCGACGCGGUCUUGCUUAGCUACGAGGACAAUCCAGAAAGCCUGACGAGCUGGGACAUCAACUCCUGGAUGGAAGGCAUCACAUUCCCGGCGCCGACCCGGGAAGUCACCGGCUUCAUCGUCACGGCGCCAUCUUUCGCCACCAUCGAGGGCAAGCCCAACGCAAUCUACUUCUCCGGCGACACCAUCUACGUGCCCGAAUUGCAGCAAAUGCGCAACCGCUUCCGUCGGUUCCCCUCUUUCCUGCGGCGCGGCUGUGCCGGGACCGAGAAGGCGGAGCUGGCGGAGGCGCUGCUGGUGGAGGGAGUCAUGCAGAAGGUGGUGCCGGAGCCCGGGGUGAAGACGACGCUUGCUUGA